AUGACAAGCCGAUUUCAAGUCAAGUUCGCCCUCGGUGCCGUCGGCCUGCUAGGGUUGCUGGGGACAUAUGGCCGGGGAGCCCUGGAUGGCUCAACCGACCUCCUCUUCCGGGCCGUGGAUAGAGACACGCCCUAUGUCUUCCCCGGAACACUGUUCACUCUGCGCCAGACCUUUACGGGAAUCUGGUUCCCUAUCGACUACCUCCUGAACGUGUUGGUCGUGUUCUGGUUCGAGGCCGUGGAUGGAUCCCAUCCAUCGGCUGCAGCCAUUAGUCUUUAUUUCCUGGGCCAGCUACUUCCCUGUCUGGUUCUGAUUUAUUCGACCUCGGUGCGCGGGGAUCGGCCUACACCCGAUCUGGGAUGGAUGAUUCUACCCGCUAUCCUCCUCGGGUACUUUAUUCCUGGGGUUAUCAUGGCCCUUCCCUCCUCUCUGGUCGGGAAUCCCUUUCAGCAAUAUGCCAUCGCCAUCUGGAAUCUGUACCCGCUCCUGGUCUUCGCAUGUGAAACACCGUCAACGGCAAAGCCAAAAACAACACCAGCCCCCACAGAAGCGAUCAUCACAAAUCACCUCCGAGCAGUUCGAGUGACCAACACCCUAGCCCUCAUCAUUGGCUCUGUCAUCCACCUAUUCAUCCUAGGCGUCUCGCUAGCAACUGUUCUUUUUCCGUCCAUCUUCCAACCAAUCUAUGUGGCGGAGCUAAGCCCCUCGACAUUAUUCUUCCCUCCGGUGAGCAUGCCACCCAAGGCUGUCGUUCCUGGUGAUGGCGUGGCGAGUUUGUUGCUGUGGGAUCAGUUUGCGGGUUAUUUGCUUGUCAUGAUUGUGACUAUAGUCGAGGUGCAGCGUGCGCUGAUGUCAGUCAAGGCUUCUCAAUCUCUGUGGAGUGUUGUGGUGAUGGCUGUGGUGGCUACCCUGCUCCUGGGACCGGGUAGUGCGUGUUUGCUGGGUAGUUGGGUUCGAGACGAGGUGUUGUUUGGGGGGUGGAUCCAGGACAGUAAGAGGGAUACAAAGUCGAGCACGGCUGUUGAAAAGAAGCAUAAGAGUUGA